ACACUAGUUCUACGUACUAUUUUGUAUUUCCAUGAUGACUUCGAAAACAGUUCGAGCUACUGCAAGCAAGGCUUCCAAGGUCAGCAAGAAGAAGCCAGAAAAAUCUGUCAAAAGCAUCAGCAAGGAUGAUAAGAAAAAGAAGAGGCGCAAGGGGAAAGAAAGCUAUGGCCGCUUCAUUUACAAAGUCCUGAAGCAAGUUCACAAUGACGUCGGGAUGUCGAGCAAGUCGAUGAGCAUCAUGAAUAGUUUUAUGAACGAUAUUUUCGAGCGCAUUGCAAAUGAAGCUUCUCGUCUGGCGAAGUAUUCGAAGAAGCGUACCAUCAGUUCCCGAGAAAUCCAAACCGCCGUUCGACUUUUGCUUCCUGGCGAACUUUCGAAGCACGCCGUCUCGGAGGGAACCAAGGCUGUGACGAAAUACACCGCUUCCAAGAAUUAAUUCUAUAGCUUUAGAUGCUGUAACCUAACAAGUUGAAGCCUGUCUGUUCAGCUUUACA